CGCUGCUCGCGCUUUCCCUCGGGCUGAGCCGAUGGCGGCUGCGGCCAGCGGUCCCGCGCACGCGGCAGCCACCGCGAUGGAGGCCGCAACCUUGCAGAAGCUCGCGCUGAGACGGAAAAAGGUGCUGAGCGCGGAGGAGAUGGAGCUAUACGAGUUGGCCCAGGCUGCGGGCGCCGCUGUGGACCCUGACGUGUUCAAGAUCCUGGUGGACCUGCUGAAUCUGAACGUGGCCCCCCUCGCCGUCUUCCAGAUGCUCAAGUCCAUGUGUGCUGGGCAGAGGCUAGCGAGCGAUCCCCAAGACCCUGCAGCCAUAUCUCUGCCCACGUCCAGCAUGCCAGAGACCCGAGGCAGAAACAAAGGCGGCCCUGCUCUUGGCACACCCACACUAGGAGAACGCAACAGCAGGGAAGGAUCCAGCCAGCGGAUGCCCCGCCAACCCAGUGCCACCAGGCUACCCAAGGGGGGUGGGCCCGGGAAGAGCACCUCUCGAGGUGGCACAUAGGACUGGAGCAGAGCCUGCAGGAGCAGAGCCUGCAGGCCACCCUUCUCCCCAAAUGCUGGCCCACCACCCUGUGUGCAUUUAUUUGCCUUACAUGUUUCUGAAAGGCCGAAUGUAUUAAUUAGACAUCAUUGUUGGAAAUAUUAAAGCACAAAGAUUUAAAAUGAA